GCGCUGGAGGCGGGCGCUGCUGGCCAGAAGGUUCGGUUGCGAGUGUGCCAUGGACUCAGCUGCCCGGUGAUAUUGACAAUAGGAGAGAGAAAGGGGCAUUGACGGGGACUCACCGCGGGCACUGAACGGCGGCUCUGGCAGCGGCGGCUCCAGCCCCAGCGGCUCCUUCUUCUCCUUCCUUCUCCUCCUGCUGCCUCUGCGGAUCCAGUCUUCCUCCCUCCCUUCCCCCCUCCCCUCGUCGUCGCUGCAGCCGCCGGGUCCGGGGCAACGAGCAGAGGCGCCGCCCGCCGGGAAUGUGAGCGAGGAGCCACCGGCGGAGCCGCAGCGGGGUCGGUGCCGAUUUGAUGGGACGGGCCCGCGGGGGAGGAUCGUGAGGCCGCCGCCGCCGCCGCCGGAGCGCUGAGGUUCAGGUCCGGCCGUGAGGCCUAGAGGCGCCGCUGCCGCGGAACCGGAGGGACGCCGCGCCGGACAGCCGUCGCCCCGGGCUCCCUGCCGCUGUCCGGACCUCCCCCCGCACGCCCCGGUCCCGCCACCCGCCCCCGCUGCGGCCCUCUCUCCCGUCUCCCGCCCCUCCGAAACCACAGAUCAUCUUCGGAUUCUUCUCCAGAAGCUUCAAGUAGGGAUAUGUCCUCAGCACCAACUACUCCUCCAUCAGUGGAUAAAGUAGACGGAUUUUCUCGGAAGUCCGUCAGAAAAGCCAGACAGAAGAGGUCGCAAAGUUCCUCACAGUUUAGGUCUCAAGGCAAGCCUAUUGAGUUAACACCUCUGCCGCUGCUAAAAGACGUUCCAUCCUCAGAGCAGCCUGAACUGUUCCUAAAGAAACUUCAGCAGUGCUGUGUCAUUUUUGACUUCAUGGACACGCUAUCUGAUCUUAAAAUGAAAGAAUACAAGCGCUCCACUCUUAAUGAACUGGUGGACUACAUUACAAUAAGCAGAGGCUGUUUGACAGAGCAGACUUACCCUGAAGUAGUUAGAAUGGUGUCUUGCAAUAUAUUCAGAACUCUCCCUCCUAGUGACAGCAAUGAAUUUGAUCCAGAAGAAGAUGAACCUACCCUUGAGGCAUCGUGGCCACACUUACAGCUUGUAUAUGAGUUUUUCAUACGAUUUUUGGAAAGCCAAGAAUUCCAACCCAGCAUUGCCAAAAAAUACAUAGAUCAGAAAUUUGUAUUACAGCUUUUGGAGCUGUUUGACAGCGAAGACCCACGGGAACGGGACUACUUAAAAACAGUCUUACACAGAAUUUAUGGCAAGUUUCUUGGUCUUAGAGCAUUUAUCCGAAAACAGAUUAACAAUAUUUUUCUAAGGUUUGUUUAUGAAACAGAACACUUCAAUGGUGUAGCUGAACUGCUGGAAAUAUUAGGAAGUAUUAUCAAUGGCUUUGCUUUACCUCUUAAGGCAGAACACAAACAGUUUCUGGUGAAAGUGUUGAUCCCUUUACACACUGUGAGGAGCUUAUCACUCUUCCAUGCCCAGCUGGCAUAUUGCAUAGUACAGUUUCUGGAGAAAGAUCCUUCACUCACAGAACCAGUUAUUAGGGGAUUAAUGAAAUUUUGGCCCAAAACAUGUAGUCAAAAAGAGGUUAUGUUCCUUGGGGAGCUGGAAGAAAUAUUGGAUGUGAUUGAACCUUCACAGUUUGUUAAAAUCCAAGAACCUUUGUUUAAACAAAUUGCCAAGUGUGUCUCUAGCCCCCAUUUUCAGGUGGCAGAAAGGGCACUCUAUUAUUGGAAUAAUGAAUACAUCAUGAGUUUGAUAGAAGAAAACUCUAAUGUCAUCCUUCCCAUCAUGUUUUCCAGUCUUUAUAGGAUUUCAAAAGAACAUUGGAAUCCGGCUAUCGUGGCAUUAGUGUACAACGUGUUGAAGGCGUUUAUGGAAAUGAACAGCACCAUGUUUGAUGAGCUGACAGCCACAUACAAGUCAGAUCGUCAGCGUGAGAAAAAGAAAGAAAAGGAGCGUGAAGAAUUGUGGAAAAAACUGGAGGAUCUGGAGUUAAAGAGAGGUCUUAGACGUGAUGGGAUAAUUCCAACUUAACAGAAAUAAUGACAACAACCUUACUAACCUGUGGAGUCACACAUUUAUGUAGUAGAAGAUGGAACAGCAGUUUUCUGUAUUGUGCAACUUUACAGUAGAUUUCACAUUUGUUUCAUUAUUACAACAGCACUGUAUAUACCUGUCUCUAAGUAAAGGAAAAAAAAAUAAGGACUUCAGUCCAAAGUUUGGACAGUAGAUGGACUUCUCAGAACUUGGCAAACAUAAUCAUUGUUCUAACCCUCUUUUAAAAGAAAAAAAAAAAGCAGUCUUCAAAGAUCUGUCAAUGAAAUUUGUAUAUUAAAAUUCCAUUAUUGGGAGUUCCUUAUUUAUCAUUAGCAGAGAGUAUGAAACAAUUUUCAAAUGUGAACAAUCUUAAAUUUAGCUUGUCUUUCUGCUAAGCUGUUAAGUGUAUUUAUAGUAAAGGAAGGGGAAAAAAAAGACUGUCAUUUCCUUAUAAGUUUGUAUAACAUCCUCCUCUGGGUAACUUGACUGUAAUUUGACAUCUUUUCCUUUUGCACAUCUUCAUGAGUUGAAUGUCCACGUGGAAUGGGGCCAUGAAUUAUAAAGGUCCCUGAUAAAAGUUUUGUUCACUGGAGUGAACAUCUUUCCAGUAAGCAGGUAGUCCUGGUACUCCUUUAGUUUUAAAAUUAGGAGUAAAAGAGAGCAGGUGAUAAACAUAGUAGGGAAGGGAAUUUUGGAUUCACGCAUCAGUUUAUGGUGACUCCAAAUCAAUGUCUUGAAUCCUUUGAAAACAGGCACUGGGACAUCAUAGGGUUCAGUACCUGACCAGUAUUAGUUAUGUACGUCAUUGAACACACAAACCAGACAUGUUUUAGAAAUGUCAGAAGACAUCCUUUUGGACCAUUUUGAAAUAAGAAAGACAAACACUAAACAGUACAACCAUGAAAUUGAUCACCAGGAUUGCGAAUCUAAUUGGGAAUAGAGUCGAGCAAACAGCUUGGACUGUUUGGAGUUGUUGCCUUACUUUUUAAUAUGUAUUUAUAAAGUAUUCCAGCAAAAGAGGAUGAAGCCUCUGGGAAAAAAAGAAACAUAUUACAGUGUUUUUUGUAGAUUCUCAUUCUAUAUCCCAUCACAGCGCCAGCCCUGUUUUUAGCCAGAAAGGAUUCAGGAUAAACAUUAUUAUGCAUUCUGAAUUGAAUGCGUGUUCCUAACUACUGUAUUUGUUACCAAAAGUGGUUCUACAAAUGCUACUGAAAAAAUCUGGAAAUUCCUAAUGUCCUGAGUGUUAAUAAUAAAGUUUAAAAAUGCUUUUAUAUCAAAGGUGCAUUGUGACCAAAUUGUUUAAGAAAAACAAAAAACAAAAUCUAAGGCUGUAUUAUAGAUCUAUCUUAUUGGCUCUCUGCUUUGUAUUUAAAAGAGGAAGCUUACAUCUUGGGGAGUUAAAAUGCUGAUAAAACUUGUGUACAUUAUGUACUUACCUAAAGCAGUUGCAUUAUUAUGUACUGAAAGAUAUGUGUUUUGGGAUUUAUUUCCAGGAUGCUUUUGCUUGUUAUGGACUUGGCAGCAGUGAGUUGAUAAUCCUAAACAAUCCCUUCCAGCAGUAUUCGUGGUAUAGAGCUGAUUCUGCGUUCAUGUGUUGAAUUGUGAUAGUAGCAAACAGGAACAUAUGAACUGUUGUUGCUCUUAAUAGAAAUAUGGUAUCAAUAUGGGCUUGUAUAUUUUCUUCCUUCCAUUUAAAAUAUAAGGUAGAAUAUGCAGUUUUAUUCUUUACAAGAAAAAAAGAAAAAAAGAAGCCACUGACCUUUCUCCCCUACUAAGCGUUUCAGGAUUAUCAGGUCACAGUUUGUGCGUAAAAGUCAGCUGAUUAUGGAUAUUGUCAUCUCAAUAACUUUGUAAAACAAAAACAAAAUUUGACAUUGUUAAUUCUGAAAAAGAAACAGCAGUAAAGGAGUCAUAUGCAAUACCAAACACAACAUGGUUUAAUGGAAUUAAUAGAUUUUUUUUUUUUUUUUUUUAAGGAACGUUAAU